AUGGAAAGACUGCAGAAUUGUUGGGCGUCGGUCUCAUGGACCCAAGAAACGUCCGGAUUUGACGUCAAUGCUAUUCUCAGCCAUGUGAUGGCAAACGAACUUCAAGGUGACCAAGAUGUUAUUUCCACAACAACAGGUGGUGUACAUCUAUCAUCGCCUGUCACAAGAGGGUCUGCAGAUGCAGCUCCAGAACCAUGUUUACUUGAGUUGUCAUGCCAACAACAUCUGUGUAUGGUGUCUGUGGUGGUCAUCAGUGAAGCCCGCCAUAUUGAGUGCUACUCGAACGAGGAAUACUGUGGAACUGCUAGAGGAUCUAAAAUAGAUAUUGAAUCAGAUCAAAAUAGUCCAGACGUGUUGUACCAGUGUGAUUGGAAGUUUGAAAAACCAGUGAAAAGCUGUACAAUGAAGUUUCUGUCAUUAAGAGAUAAGUACCAGAUGUGGUUACAUCAUGUGAGACUCACAUUAGAUGAAUCCCGACAUGUUGACAUUAAUGACUCAGGACUGAACAAACCCAGUAUAGACAUGUCUGAAGUUAGACGUAUGUUAGGAUCGAUGAAUCAACAAGUUGAUGAUAAAGCACAAAGACUUAUGACAUCGGUUGAAGAUUAUCAAAAGAAUCAAAGUGCAAUGCUAGGGGGAAUACAAAGUUUAACGAGGGACUCCACACCAGCAAACGCUGGAGACAAUACUACGGGGAUGCUUGGGAUGUUAUCAAUGCUCAACAAUUUGUCCACUUUACAAAUUGCUCCAAGAACCACAAAUGCAGUUGAUGUGAAUGACACUAGUGGCAGUGCCGACCAGAAUGCUAUGUACUCUAUGUUGAAAAAUGUCUGCUCUGAAGUAACAAUAAGAAGGAAAAAUCAAGAAGAUUCAAAGGAAAUGAUGGAAAAAUCGACUGAUGAAACAUUUGAGAAAAACGAAAGGCCAACACUGGAUUCACAUGUAGUAGCAACACAGCAAGAUAUAAUACUGGAGGAAAGAUUGACGGAGAAAAUUAACCAGGCCGAGGAGAGAAUCUUAAAGAGUGUGGAAAGACAAAUAUCGGCUUUGCAGAUUCAUAUUGACAAUCGAUUGGAUACAAUACUUGCAAUGUUGACUAACAAAAAUGAGAUACCUGUGGACUGAUGAAUAGUAUCACUAUUCUUCAAGAUUUAUGUCAAGUUGUGAAAAGACAGUCAUUAUGAAACAUUAUUACAGACAUUGUGCCCUUGACUUUUGUAAUUGCAUAUAUGGGUCAGCAAGAAACUUUUUAAUUCCCACUCUGGGAUGCUCAAUUUCAACCCUGG